UCGGCUAUGGCGCCUGUGCUGUGACCACCACCGUCACUGGGAAGAUCACCGACACACACCGAAAUACAACUGCGGUGUACGCUCACACAAGUCCCAAGUCAAUAGCGACUGCCAAGAAGAAGAAAACGGCCAACACGCUGCAAGAUCUACUGUAUAACCCAAAAGCUCCGACGGAGUUGCUUGUGUACUCACGUAUCACGGUUGUCAUGUCGGAGCCUAAAGACCUGGAGAUGCUGGUAAGGUCUGGUGAAUGUGGGCCUGAGGGGAGAGCAGAGGCAUUGGUGUACUUGUGUGAAUAG